ACCUCGUAGCAAAGCCUAAUUACUCUACCGUCUAACACAAAGCGACGUCGUCUUCCCCUCUGGAAAAAAUGACGUCGUAUUUUGAGGAUCAAGAAGACGACGGAGGAGGAGGAGGAGGUUCUGAUCGCAGCACCAGCACCGCCGACCCGGAGGAGAAUCAUAACAGUGAGAGCAACAUGACCGGAGCUUUUCCGAGGCAGCUGGCUAUUUUUGACGAGAGGGCAGCGUUGAAGCUCAAGAUGGAGCCUCUUGACUCGGACCCACCUUCGGACUCGGACCGCCGGGCCCAACCGCCGCAGGCUCAGUCCCUCGGAAUGGUCUCUCUGGCGGCGAUGCAGAUGCAAAUGCCCGCGCCGGCGGCCAGGCGCGCCUCCACCAAGGACCGUCACACCAAAGUCGAGGGCCGCGGCCGGAGGAUCCGAAUACCCGCCACGUGUGCGGCCCGGAUCUUCCAGCUGACCCGGGAGCUAGGGCACAAGUCCGACGGCGAAACCGUGCGGUGGCUCCUCGAACACGCCGAGCAGGCCAUCAUCGAAGCCACCGGCACCGGAACCGUCCCGGCCAUCGCUGUCUCCGUCGGCGGGACCCUCAAGAUCCCAACCACGCCCAUCAGCCACCCCAACCCGGCCGACAGCUCCUCAUCACCGUCCUCCGCCGCGGCGGCCAAGAAGCGGAAGCGCCCCUCGAACAGCGACUUCGUUGACCUAAGCGACGCCGUAUCACAGUCCUCGGGGCUCGCGCCGGUGUGGCCGUCCACGCCUCAGCCGGUCACUCAAGGCCUCGUCCCCGUCUGGGCCGUGGGGAACGCCGCCGGCAUGAUGGUCCCGGCCAACGCGUUCUGGAUGAUUCCACCAAACGGCUCAGGUCAGGUCGUCUCGGCCGCUGGCCCGUCGAGCCAGUCACCGCAAAUAUGGGCCCUCUCCCCGACUGUGACGCAUGUAUUCAACAUGGCCGCGGCCCGGCCCAUAUCGACGUUCGUGGCCAACGCCGGAGGAGUGGAGAUUCGCGGUCCGUCGCCGGCCCUUUCAAACUCGGCGGUGAGCACUUGCACGGUGGGGUCGAAGGCGGCGAAGAAGUCUUCGUCGACAAUGGCGCCUAGCGUGAGCUCCAGUGGUAGUGGUAGUGGUAACAGUAACAAUAAUAAUAACAAUGGUAAGAAAGCUCAGAUGCUUAGGGACUUUACUUUAGAGAUUUACGACAAGCAGGAGUUGCAGUUCAUGGGUCGACCCGACGGCCCAGAAAGCCAGUGAUCAUGGUCCUUUAACUGGCCAUUGGUGAUUGUUAUCCUUAUUGAAAUCAAAAAUAAAAAUUUCAGAAGCAUGAUAGUUGUUUUUGUUUGCUUUGUUCUUCUUCGAUUUUGAUCCUUAAAAAACUUGAUCAAUAUUUUCUGUUUAUAAAUUAGUACAAGCAUCAGAACUGGGU